AUGGCGAAGCCGGGCGCGCGGCCCCGCGGUUCCCGGGGCCCCGCGCCGCUUCUGCUGGCCGGGCUGGCGCUGCUGGGUGCGGUGCGGGCGCGGGCGGCAGCGGGCGGCGGCUUCAGCCUGCACCCGCCCUACUUCAACCUGGCGGAGGGCGCCCGCAUCGCCGCCUCCGCCACCUGCGGCGAGGAGGCCCCGGCGCGCGGCGUCCCGCGCCCCACCGAGGACCUGUACUGCAAGUUGGUGGGGGGCCCCGUGGCUGGCGGGGACCCCAACCAGACCAUCCAGGGCCAGUACUGCGACAUCUGCACGGCUGCGAACAGCAACAGGGCACACCCUGUGAGCAACGCCAUUGACGGCACGGAACGCUGGUGGCAGAGCCCACCACUGUCGCGUGGCCUGGAGUACAAUGAGGUCAACGUCACCCUGGACCUGGGCCAGGUUUUCCACGUGGCCUACGUGCUCAUCAAGUUUGCCAACGCCCCUCGGCCAGACAUUUGGGUGCUAGAACGGUCCACGGACUUCGGCCACACCUACCAGCCAUGGCAGUAUUUCGCCUCCUCCAAAAGGGACUGCCUGGAGCGGUUCGGGCCGCGGACACUGGAGCGCAUCUUGGGGGACGACGACGUCAUCUGCAGCACCGAGUAUUCGAGGAUUGUGCCCCUGGAGAAUGGCGAGAUCGUGGUGUCCCUGGUGAACGGGCGCCCAGGGGCCAUGAACUUCUCCUACUCGCCGCUGCUGCGUGAUUUCACCAAAGCUACCAACAUCCGCCUGCGCUUCCUGCGCACCAACACGCUGCUGGGCCACCUCAUGGGCAAGGCGCUGCGGGACCCCACGGUCACCCGCAGGUACUAUUACAGCAUCAAGGACAUCAGCAUCGGCGGCCGCUGCGUCUGCCACGGGCACGCGGAUGUCUGUGACGCCAAAGACCCCACAGACCCCUUCAGGCUGCAGUGCGCCUGCCAGCACAACACGUGUGGGAGCUCCUGUGACCGCUGCUGCCCCGGCUUCAACCAGCAGCCGUGGAAGCCGGCAACCACGGAUAGCGCCAACGAGUGCCAGUCCUGCAACUGCCACGGCCACGCCCACGACUGCUACUACGACCCCGAGGUGGACCGGAGCAACGCGAGCCAGAACCAGGACCGCGUCUACCGGGGCGGGGGCGUGUGCGUCGAUUGCCAGCAUCACACCACCGGAAUCAAUUGCGAGCAGUGCCUGCCCGGCUUCUACCGCUCCCCAGACCACCCGUUCGACUCACCCCAUGCCUGCCGCCGCUGUGACUGCGAGUCGGAUUUCACGGACGGGACGUGUGAGGACCUGACGGGCCGCUGCUACUGCCGGCCGAACUUCACGGGGGCGCGAUGCGAUGCGUGCGCCGAAGGCUUCAGCGGCUUCCCGCGCUGCCACCCGGUGCCCUCCUCUCACAAUGACACGGGAGAGCAGGUGCUGCCGGCCGGACAGAUUGUGAAUUGUGACUGCAGCGCCGCCGGGACCCAGGGCAACGCCUGCCGGAAGGACCCACGGGUGGGGCGCUGCGUGUGCAAACCCAGCUUCCAGGGCACGCACUGUGAGCUCUGCGCCCCGGGCUUCUAUGGCCCGGGCUGCCAGCCCUGCCAGUGCUCCAGCCCCGGCGUGGUGGAUGGAACCUGUGACCGCGACUCGGGCCAGUGCACGUGCCGGGUGGGAUUCGAGGGGGCAGCGUGCGACCGCUGUGCCCCUGGCUACUUCCACUUCCCCCUCUGCCAGCUGUGCGGCUGCAGCCCCACGGGGACCCUGCCCGAGGGCUGCGAUGACGCUGGCCGCUGCCCGUGCCGACCCGAGUUUGACGGCCCCCGCUGUGACCGCUGCCGCCCGGGCCACCACAGCUACCCCGAGUGCCAUGCCUGCGCCUGCGACCCCCGGGGUGCCCUGGACCAGCUGUGUGGGGUGGGCGGCGUGUGCCGCUGCCACCCCAACUACGCGGGUGCCACCUGCCAGGAGUGCAGCCCAGGCUUCCACGGCUUCCCCGACUGUGCCCCCUGCCACUGCUCCCCCGAAGGCUCCCUGCACACAGCCUGCGACCCCCACAGCGGGCAGUGCAGCUGCCGACCCCGAGUGACGGGGCUGCGCUGUGACAUGUGUGUGCCCGGGGCCUACAACUUCCCCUCUUGCGAAGCUGGCUCCUGCCACCCUGCUGGCCUGGCCCCAGCCGAUCAUGAUCUUCCUGAGGUGCACGUCCCCUGUAGGUGCCGGGCUCACGUGCAGGGGCCGAGCUGUGAUCGCUGUAAACCCGGGUUCUGGGGGCUGAGUCCUAGCAACCCUGAGGGCUGCACCCGCUGCAGCUGUGACCCCAGGGGCACACUGGGUGGAGCUGCUGAGUGCCAGCCGGGCAACGGCCAGUGCUUCUGCAAGCCCCACGUGUGCGGCCACACCUGCGCGGCCUGCAAGGACGGCUUCUUCGGGCUGGACCAGGCCGACUACUUCGGCUGCCGUGGCUGCCGGUGCGACGUUGGCGGAGCUCUGGGACAGGGCUGUGAGCCGAGGACAGGCGCCUGCCUGUGCCGCCCCAGCACCCAGGGCCCCACCUGCAGCAAGCCGGCGCAGGACCACUACCUUCCCGACCUGCACCAGCUGCGCCUGGAGCUGGAGGAGGCAGCCACGCCCGAGGGCCACGCCGUGCGCUUCGGCUUCAACCCUCUCGAGUUCGAGAGCUUCAGCUGGAGGGGCUACGCGCAGAUGGCACCCAUCCAGCCCAGGAUCGUGGCGAGGCUGAGCGUGGCCUCCCCUGACCUCUUCCGGCUGGUCUUCCGAUACGUCAACCGCGGGCCCGCGAGCGUGAGCGGGCGGGUCUCCGUGCGCGACCAGGGCAAGUUUGCCACCUGCGCCAACUGCACAGAGCAGAGCCAGCCCGUGGCCUUCCCGCCCAGCACGGAGCCCGCCUUCGUCACCGUGCCCCAGAGGGGCUUCGGGGAGCCCUUCGUGCUGAACCCCGGCGCCUGGGCCCUGCUCGUGGAGGCCGAGGGGGUGCUUCUGGACUACGUGGCUCUGCUGCCCAGCGCCUACUACGAGGCGGCCCUCCUGCAGCUGCGGGUGACCGAGCCCUGCACGUUCCGGCCCGACGCGCAGCGCUCCGGGGACCACUGCCUCCUCUACACCCACCUGCCCCUGGACGGCUUCCCCUCCGCCGCUGGGCCUGAGGCCCUGUGUCGCCACGGCAACAGCUUACCCCGGCCCUGCCCCGCGGAGCAGCUCAGCCCCGCCCACCCGCUGCUGGUCGCCUGCCAGGGCGCAGAUGUGGAUGUCCAGCUUCAGGUGGCGGUGACGCAGCCAGGCCCCUAUGCCCUGGUGGUGGAGUACGCCAGUGAGGACACCCACCAGGAGGUGGACGUGGCCGUGCACACCCCCCAGCGGGCCCCCCAGCAGGGGGCGCUCACCCUCCACCCCUGCCCAUACAGCACCCUGUGCCGGGGCACCGCCCUGGAUGCUCAGCGCCACCUGGCCGUCUUCCACCUGGACACGGAGGCCAGCGUCCGGCUCACGGCUGAGCAGGCACGGUUCUUCCUGCACAGCAUCACCGUGGUGCCCGCGGAGACCUUCGGCUCAGAGUUCGUGGAGCCCCAUGUCCGCUGCAUCAGCAGUCAUGGCGCCUUCAGCCCCAGCAGUGCCGCCUGCCUGCCCUCCCGCUUCCCGAAGCCGCCGCAGCCUGUGGUGCUCAGGGACUGCCAGGUGCUGCCGCUGCCCCCCGGCCUCCCGCUGACCCACUCUCAGGCGCUCACGCCGGGCGCACCCCCUCCCGGGCCCCAGCCCCGGCCCCCCACCGCUGCGGACCCCGACGUGGAGCCGACGCUGCUGCGCCACCCCCAGGGCACCGUGGUUUUCACCACCCACGUGCCCACCCUGGGCCGCUAUGCCUUCCUGCUGCACGGCUACCAGCCGGCCCACCCCACCUUCGCCGUGGAGGUCCUCAUCAACGGGGGUCGCGUCUGGCAGGGCCACGCCAACGCCAGCUUCUGCCCGCACGCCUACGGCUGCCGCACCCUGGUGGUGUGUGAGGGCCGGGCCGUCCUGGACGUGACCGACAGCGAGCUCACCGUGACUGUGCGUGUGCCCGAGGGCCGCUGGCUCUGGCUGGAGUAUGUGCUGGUGGUCCCCGAAGACGCCUACAGCCCCAGCUACUUCCGGGAGGAGCCCCUGGACAAAUCCUACGACUUCAUCAGCCAGUGUGCCGCCCACGGCUACCACGUCAGCCCCUCCAGCUCGUCGUCCUUCUGCCGCAGCGCCGCCGCCUCCCUCUCCCUCUUCUAUAACAAUGGGGCUCGGCCGUGCAGCUGCCACGAGGUGGGCGCCGCGGGCCCCACGUGUGAGCCCUUCGGGGGCCAGUGUCCCUGCCGCGCCCACGUCGUAGGUCGUGACUGCUCCCGCUGUGCCACUGGCUACUGGGGCUUCCCCAGCUGCAGGCCCUGUGACUGCGGCGGCCGCCUCUGUGACGAGCUCACGGGCCAGUGCAUCUGCCCACCGCGCACCGUCCCGCCCGACUGCAUCGUCUGCCAGCCCCAGACCUUUGGCUGCCACCCCCUGGUCGGUUGUGAAGAAUGUAACUGCUCGGGGCCCGGCGUCCAGGAGCUCACGGACCCCACCUGUGACGUGGACAGCGGCCAGUGCAAGUGCAGACCCCACGUGGCUGGACGCCGCUGUGACACUUGUGCUCCCGGGUUCCACGGCUUCCCCAGCUGCCGCCCCUGCGACUGCCACGAAGCAGGCUCUGCACCUGGAACGUGCGACCCCCUCACAGGCCAGUGCUCCUGCAAGGAGAACGUGCAGGGCCCGCGGUGUGACCGGUGCCGCUUGGGGACGUUCUCCCUGGAUGCUGCCAACCCCAAAGGCUGCACCCGGUGCUUCUGCUUCGGGGCCACGGAGCGCUGCCGGAGCUCGGCCUACGCCCGCUGGGAGUUCGUGGACAUGGAGGGCUGGACACUGCUGAGUGGUGACCGGCAGGUGGUGCCCCACGAGCGGCAGGCAGACGCGACGCUGCUUCGCGCGGACCUGCGGCGCGGGCCUGAGGCCUUCCCCGAGCUGUACUGGCAGGCCCCGCCCUCCUACCUGGGGGACCGGGUGUCGUCCUACGGCGGGACCCUCCACUACGAGCUGCACUCGGAGACCCAGCGGGGAGACGUGUUCGUCCCCACGGAGAGCAGGCCAGACGUGGUGCUGCAGGGCAACCAGAUGAGCAUCUCGUUCCUGGAGCCGGUGCACCCGGCCCCCGGCCACGUCCACCGCGGGGAGCUGCAGCUGGUGGAGGGCAAUUUCCGGCACAUGGAGACCCGCAGCGCCGUGUCCCGCGAGGAGCUCAUGAUGGUGCUGGCCGGCCUGGAGCAGCUGCACAUCCGCGCCCUCUUCUCACAGACCUCCUCGGCCAUCUCCCUGCGCCGGGUGGCGCUGGAGGUGGCCAGCGAGGUGGGCGGGGGACCUCCGGCCAGCAACGUGGAGCUGUGUAUGUGUCCCGCCAACUACCGCGGGGACUCGUGCCAGGAAUGUGCCCCUGGCUACUACCGGGACGUCAAAGGUCUCUUUUUGGGUCGCUGCAUCCCCUGUCAGUGCCAUGGCCACUCAGACCGCUGCCUCCCUGGCUCGGGCAUCUGCGUGGGCUGCCAGCACAACACCGAGGGUGGCCACUGCGAGCGCUGCCAGGCUGGCUUCGUGCGCAGUGGGUCCGAGGACCCUGCGGCCCCCUGCGUCAGCUGCCCUUGCCCCCUGGCUGUGCCUUCCAACAACUUCGCCACAGGCUGCAUCCUGCGAGGUGGCCGCACCCAGUGUCUCUGCAAACCCGGCUAUGCUGGGGCCUCCUGCGAGCGGUGCGCACCUGGCUUCUUUGGGAACCCCCUGGUGCUGGGCAGCUCGUGCCAGCCCUGCGACUGCAGCGGCAACGGCGACCCCAACAUGCUCUUCAGCGACUGCGAUCCCCUGACGGGCGCCUGCCGCGGCUGCCUGCGCCACACCACCGGGCCCCGCUGCGAGAGUUGCGCCCCCGGCUUCUACGGCAACGCCCUGCUGCCCGGCAACUGCACCCGGUGUGACUGCUCCCCGUGUGGGACGGAGGCCUGUGACCCCCACAGCGGGCAUUGCCUGUGCAAAGUGGGUGUGACCGGUCAGCGCUGCGACCACUGUCAGGAAGGACACUUCGGCUUCGAGGGCUGCGGGGGCUGCCGCCCAUGCGCCUGUGGACCAGCUGCCGAGGGCUCCGAGUGCCAUCCCCAGAGUGGGCAGUGCCACUGCCGGCCAGGGACUGGGGGUCCCCAGUGCCGCGAGUGUGCCCCUGGCCACUGGGGACUCCCUGAGCAGGGCUGCAGGCGCUGCCAGUGCCAGGGCGGCCAUUGUGAUGUGCACACGGGCCACUGCACGUGCCCCCCCGGGCUCAGUGGGGAGCGCUGUGACACCUGCAGCCACCAGCACCAGGUGCCCAUGCCAGGAGGGCCUGGGGGCCACGGCGUGCACUGCGAAGUGUGUGACCACUGUGUGGUCCUGCUCCUGGAUGACCUGGAGCGGGCCGGCGCUCUCCUCCCCGCCAUCCGGGAGCAGCUGCGUGGCAUCGAUGCCAGCUCCGUGAUCUGGGCCCGGCUGCACAGGCUGAACGCCUCCAUAGCCGACCUGCAGAGCCAGCUCCGGAAACCCCCUGGCCCCCGUCCUGAGACCGCACAGCAGCUGGAGGCACUGGAACGGCAGACCUCAAGCCUCGGGCAGGACGUGCAGCAGCUGGAUGGCCAGGCCACGGGGGCCCGAGCCCAGGCCGGCCAGCUCCUGGACAGCACCGAGGCCACGUUGGGCCGGGCACAGACGCUGCUGGCGGCCAUCCGGGCUGUGGACCGCGCCCUGAGCGAGCUCGAGUCCCAGACGGGCCGCCUGUCACCGGCCAACGCCUCAGCCCUGUCGGGUGAGCAGCUGCGCCGGACACUGGCCGAGGUGGAACGGCUGCUCCGGGAGAUGCGGGCCCGUGACCUGGGUGUUCCACGAGCAGCCGCUGAGGCCGAGCUGGGGGAGGCCCAGAGACUGCUGGCCCGUGUGCAGGAGCAGCUGACCAGGCGCUGGGAGAGGAACCAGGCGCUGAUAGCACGCACCCGAGACCAGCUGGCCCAGCAUGAGGCCGGACUCAUGGACCUGCGGGAAGCCCUGAACAGGGCGGUGGGCACUACGCGGGAGGCGGAGGAGCUCAACAGCCGCAACCUGGAGCGGCUGGAGGAAGCCCUACAACGGAAACAGGAGCUGUUGCGGGACGACGCCACUCUGGGGGCCGCUCUACAGGCCGCCAGAGACACCCUGGUCCGGCUCUCUGAGCUUCUGCGUGGCAUGGAGCAGGCCAAGGAGGAGUAUGAACACCUUGCUGCCAGCCUGGAUGGGGCCCGGACGCCGCUGCUCGAGAAGAUGCGGGCCUUCUCCCCGGCUGGUGGCAAGGUGGACCUGGUGGAGGCCGCCGAGGCCCGUGCGUGGCAGCUGGACCAGCUGGCGCUCAACCUUUCCAGCAUCAUCCAGGGAGUCAACCAGGACCGCUUCAUCCAGCGGGCCGUCGAGGCCGCCAACGCCUACAGCAGCAUUCUGCAAGCUGUGCGGGCCGCCGAGGGUGCCGCCGGCCAGGCACAGCAGCAGGCGAGCCGUACAUGGGCGGUGGUCGUGCAGCGGGGCCUGGCGCCCCGAGCCCGGGAGCUGCUGGCGGACAGCAGUGCCCUGGAGGAGGCCGUUCUUGGGGAGCAGCGGAGGCUGGGCCUUGCGUGGGCCACCCUCCAGGGCACCGGGACCCAGCUCCGCGAUGCCCGAGCCAGGAAGGACCAGCUGGCGGCCCGAGUCCGGGAGGUGCAGGCCAUGCUGGCUAUGGACACAGAUGAGACAAGCAAGAAGAUAGCCCACGCCAAGGCCGUGGUCACUGAAGCCCAGGACACGGCUGCCCGCGUGCAGUCCCGGCUUCGAGACAUGCAGAAAAACGUGGAGCGGUGGCAGGGCCGGUACAAGAGCCUGCAGAGCCAGGACCUGGGCCGGGUGGUGCUCGACGCAGGCCGCUCAGUGUCCACCCUGGAGAAGACGCUGCCGCAGCUGCUGGCCAAGCUGAGCCUCCUGCAGAACCGUGGGACGCACAACGCCAGCCUGGCCCUGUCGGCCAGCAUCGGCCGCGUGCGGGAGCUCAUCGCCCAGGCCCGGAGUGCUGCCAAUAAGGUCAAGGUGCCCAUGAAGUUCAACGGGAGCUCAGGGGUGCAGCUGCGCACCCCUCGGGACCUCGCCAACCUUGCCUCUUACACCGCCCUCAAGUUCUACCUGCAGAGCCCAGAGCCGGCACCCGGCCAGGCCGCCGGGGACCAGUUUGUGCUGUACAUGGGCAGCCGCCAGGCCACCGGCGACUACAUGGGCGUGGCUCUGCGUGGCCAGAAGGUGCACUGGGUGUACCGCCUCGGGGGGGCUGGCCCCACGGCCCUCAGCAUCGACGAGGACAUCGGGGAACAGUUCGCAGCCGUCAGCAUUGACAGGACCCUCCAGUUUGGCCAUAUGUCUGUCACAGUGGAGAAUCAGAUGGUCCAGGAGACCAAGGGUGAUACGGUGGCCCCUGGAGCCGAAGGGCUGCUCAGUGUGGGGCCUGAGGACUUUGUCUUCUACGUGGGAGGCUACCCUGGCAACUUCACGCCCCCCGAACCCCUGCGCUUUCCCGGCUACCGGGGCUGCAUCGAGCUGGACACGCUGAACGAAGAGGUGGUCAGUCUCUACAACUUCGAGAAGACCUUCCAGCUGGACACAGCCGUGGAUAAGCCUUGUGCGCGCUCCAAGUCGACCGGGGACCCGUGGCUCACGGACGGCUCCUACCUGGACGGCUCCGGCUUCGCCCGCAUCAGCGUGGAGAGCCAGCUGAGCAACACCAAACGCUUCGACCAGGAGCUGCGGCUUGUGUCCUACAGCGGGAUCCUCUUCUUCCUGCGGCACCAGGACCAGUUCCUGUGCCUGGCCGUGCGGGAAGGCAGCCUCGUGUUCCUCUACGACUUCGGCGCGGGCCUGAAGGAGGCCGACCCGCUGCAGCGCCCGCCGCCUCUGACCACGACCAGCAAGGCGAUCCAGGUGUUCUUGCUGGGGGGCAGCCGGAAGCGCGUGCUGGUGCGCGUGGAGAGGACCACGGUGUUCAGCGUGGAGCAGGACAGCACGCUGGAGCUGGCCGACGCCUACUACCUGGGGGGCGUGCCACCCAGCCAGCUGCCCCCGAGCCUGCGGCGGCUCUUCCCCUCCGGAGGCUCGGUGCGCGGCUGCAUCAAGGGCAUCAAAGCUCUGGGCAAGUACGUGGAUCUCAAGAGGCUGAACACGACGGGCAUCAGCUCCGGCUGCACCGCCGACCUGCUGGUGGGACGGGCCAUGGCUUUCCACGGCCACGGCUAUCUGCGCAUGGCGCUCCCCAGCAACGCCGUGCCCCUCACGGGCGACGUCUACUCCGGCUUCGGCUUCCGCAGCAGCCAGGACAGCGCGCUGCUCUUUCACCGGGAGUCCCCGACCGGGCCAUGCGAGGUGUACCUGCAGCAGGGCCACGUGACCCUCCGGCUUGCAAGGACCGAGGUGAAAACGCGACGGGGCUUUGCCGAUGGGGCCCCCCACUAUGUCACUUUCUACAGCAACGCCACAGGGGUCUGGCUCUAUGUGGACGACCAGCUUCAGGAGAUGAAGCCCCACCGGGGGCCGUGGCCCCAGCCCCAGCCUGAGGGGUCGAGUCAGCUCUUCCUGGGGGGCUUGCCCAAGUCCGACGCCCUCCGUAACUUCAGCGGCUGCAUCAGCAACGUUUUCGUGCUGCGGCUCCUGGGGCCGCAGCGCGUGCUUGACCUGCAGCAGAACCUGGAGGGCAUCAAUGUGAGCUCAGGCUGCGACCCGGUCCCUCGCACCCAGGCCCCAGAGCAGAGCCCGCAAGGACUGCGGGCCACGGUGUCUCGGAAGGCCUCCCGCCGCAGCCGGCAGCCCGCCCAGGACGCUUCCUGCUCGCCACCCUGGCCCCUCAGGGCCAUACGAGACGCCUACCAGUUUGGGGGUCCCCUGUCCAGUCACCUGGAGUUUGCACACGUCCCGCCCCCCACCAGUAACUGGUCGCAGCUUGACAUGCUCGUCCGCCCGCAUGCCCCUCAAGGGCUCCUGCUCCUCGCCGCCCCCCUGACGGCCAGCAGCCCUUCCCUGGUCCUCUUCCUGAGCCACGGACGCUUUGUCGCUCAGACGGAAGGCCCUGGGCCCCCGAUCCGAGUCCAGAGCCGCCAGCGUCCACGGACUGGCCGGUGGCAUACAGUGUCUGUGCGUUGGGAGAAGACUCGGAUCCAGCUGGUGAUGGAUGGGGUCUGGGCCCAGAGCCGGGAGGGGCCAGGCCGGCGGCACCAGGGGAAGGAAGGCCCCCGGCCACACACUCUCUUUGUGGGGGGCCUCCCUGCUGGUGUCCACAGCCCACAGCUCCCGGUGGCCAUCAGCCGCUCCGGGUUCAGCGGUUGUGUGAAGAGACUGAGGUUGGACGGGCAGCUCCUGGGGGCUCCCACCCGGGUGGUGGGGGCCACACCCUGCUUCUCCGGUCCCCUGGAGAAGGGCCUGUUCUUUGCAGGCGGCGGGGGAGCCAUCACUCUAGACACCCUGGGGGCCACACUGCCUGACCUGGGCCUGGAGCUGGAGGUACGGCCGCAGACAGCCACCGGCCUCGUCUUCCACUUGGGUCGGGGCCCGGCGCCCCCCUACCUGCAGCUGCGCGUGCUGGGGAGGCAGGUCCUGCUGCGGGCAGACGAGGGUUCAGGCGCGUUCUCCACGCUGGUGACGCUCCCCGAGGCACUGUGCGACGGGCAGUGGCACCGCCUGGCAGUGACCAAAGGCGGGAACAGGCUCCGGCUGGAGGUGGACCUGCAGAGCAACCACACCCUGGGCCCCGUGCCGGCCGCCUCGGCUGACGCCCCAGUGUCGCUGUACCUUGGGGGCCUGCCUGAACCCUGGACGCGGCCUCCCGCCUACCGCGGCUGCAUGCGGAACCUGGUGGUGAACCAGGCCCUGGUCUCCUGGCCUCGCGCUGCGGGCGUGCAGGGGGCAGUGGGGGCCGGCGGCUGCCCAGCCACGUAGCACAGCUGCCCCUCUGGGACCCCAGCCACCAGCUCCAGCGGCCAGGAGAGAGGGUCUUCGGAGUCCCCGGGCAGGC